AGUAUACCACGUAACUCACGCAGAGCAGGAUCCCCGCUUCUACGCAGCUAGGCCACCAUUCCUCACCAUGCUAACCCUGGCUGUGCUUGGACUGAUGCUGGUGUUGUGGCUCCUCUACCGAGGGACACUGAAACCCAGGGGAUUCCCACCAGGACCCCCCCGGACUCCUCUCGUGGGUUUUUUGCCAAAUUUAGAAAAUCAUCUUAUUCACAAGCAGAUGUGGCGAAUCUCACGUAAUUACGGGGCAGUCAUAGGAAUUUUCUUUGCCCACAAACCUGUCGUGGUCGUCAAUGGAUGGGAAGCAAUUAAAGAGUCGCUGCAGAACGACGAUCUCAAUGGGCGUCCCGAGAUCUCCCUUCGGAAGAUAAUGCAAGGGGGAGUUCUUCGCGGCGUGAUGUUCGUGGAAGGUGAAUUCUGGAAAGAACAGCGUCGCUUUUCCCUGCAUCACUUCCGGAACCUGGGGUUCGGGAAGCGCUCGCACGAGAGCGUGAUCCACGAGGAGGCCAAGGAGCUCAUCGACGAGAUCCUGGACGCCGACGGCAGCGUCAAACUACAGAGUGUCGUGGGCAUUUCUUCCAUCAACAUCCUGUGGGCGGUAAUGGGCGGCGACAGAUUCCCGAGGAAGGACCCGCAACUCAUGCAUCUCGUGGACAGCCUCAACAAACUCUUCAGAGCAGGAGAUCCAAGCGGUGGCCUCGUUGGUGCAUUCCCCUUUUUGCGUCAUUUUGUUUCUCGGGCAAAUAGAGCUGUGAUUGUAAUGCACGGUUUUGCUCUCGUAGAAGAAUUUAUUAAGAAAGCAGUAGAACAACACAAGGAAAGCCUCGACCCUAACAACCCUAGAGAUUUUAUAGAUAUCUACCUCAAUGAGAUUAACAACGAACUCAACAACAGCAAAAUGUGCUCCACUUUCUCUGAGAAACAGCUGAUUGCAGUUUGUACUGACGUGUUCAGCGCUGGAGCUGAGACAGGAUCCGCCACUGUGGCAUUUGCUGUUAUGCUCAUGUGCCUCUUCCCGGAAGUCAUGAAGAAAGUGCAAGAGGAGAUUGACUCCGUUAUUGGGCGAAAUCGUUUUCCCAGCAUGGCGGACCGAACACACCUGCCCUACUUAGAGGCAACUCUAAAUGAAGUACUACGUUUUCGAGGGGCGGCCACCUUAACCGUCCCUCAUAGUGCUAUGCGAGAUACAGUAUUGCGGGGGUACCGAAUCCCAGCCAAAACGAUGGUGAUGAACAAUCUGUACAGUGUUCACAUGGACCCGGAAUACUGGGGCGACCCUGAAAACUUCCGUCCCGAGCGCUUCAUCAACGCUGAUGGAACCUUCCGCAAGGACGAGCGAAUGAUUCCCUUCGGCAAAGGUCGACGGCUGUGUCUCGGGGAGCCUCUCGCUCGCAUGACGUCGUUUCUGCUGUUCGCGGCGCUCGUGCAGCAGCUAGACUUCGAGCUCGACCCCGCCGUCCCCGUCACCAACACGGAGGGCGUCGCAGGAUUCACGCUCGGACCGCCGGAGUUCAGAGUCUUUGCCAAACGCAGAUAUUAAGAGAGAUAUGCAUACAAUUUUACAUAUAUUUGACAUAGUGCAAUACCUUGUGACUUCUAUAAUUGUACAUGGUAAA